UUGCUAUGGUGACCAGGGAAGGACCGAAGCAGACUGGCCUGAGGCUGAGUCGCGCAUGCGCGCAGAUGAGCUCUAGCUCCGACGCCGCUCACUUCCGGUCAAGAUGGCGGCGCAGCGCAGGAGUCUGAUGCAGAGCCAUCAGAGCUGGACGGACGAUCUUCCUCUGUGUCAGCUGUGUGGCGUCGGUUCGGCCCCGAACUGUGUGUACGGCCCAGAUGGGAAAGGGACCCAGAGUCAUCCGAACGAAGACGGACACUUCCGCUUCAGCACUGAGAGCUGCUUCCUCUACGGCGUGUUUAACGGCUACGACGGCAGCCGCGUGGCCAGUUUCGUGUCUCAGUGUCUGACGGCGGAGCUGUUGCUGGGUCAGCUGAGCACCGGUCACACGGACGCAGACGUGCGCAGAAUCCUCUCACAGGCUUUUGAUGUUGUAGAGAAGAGCUACUUCGAGACCAUUGAUGAUGCUCUUGCAGAGAAAGCAAACCUCCAAACACAGCUUCCUGAGGGCGUCUGUUUGUCAGCUCAGACUCAGAAGAUCGCGGAACGGCUGAAGGCUUUAGAGAAGGAGGUUUCAGGAGGAGCCACUGCUAUAGUCGCUCUGAUACUCAAUAAUAAACUCUACAUCGCUAAUGUUGGAACCAACCGGGCUCUUCUCUGUAAGACCACCACUGACGGUCAGAACCAGGUGAUCCAGAUCGGACGAGCGCACACAACCGACAACGAGGACGAGCUGUCCAGACUCGCCCAGCUGGGUCUGGAUCAGGUGCGCUUGAGGCAAACUGGACUGAUCUCAGGUCAGAGCAGCACUCGACGGAUUGGAGAUUAUAAAGUCAAAUUCAACUACACAGACAUUGAUGUCCUCAGUGCAGCGACACAAAAGCCAAUCAUCGCGGAGCCUGAGAUCCACGGCGGCCAAUCACUGGAGGGCGUGACUGGCUUCCUGUUGCUGAUGUCAGAGGGGCUGAUAAAAGCCCUGGAGUCGGCCCACGGACCGGAGCAGGUCAACCAGGAGAUGGUUGCCAUGGUAGCGGCGGAGCUGGCGCAGCAGAGCAGUCUGGAGGCGGCUGCGCAGUCGGUGGUGGAGCGCGUCAAGCGUCUGCAUCAUGAUGUUUACGUGAGCGGCAGACAGAGAGCAUCACACUGCAGCAGACAUGAAGACAUGACUCUUCUGAUCAGAGUCAUUAACUACACCCUCGCAGACGGCUCGCUCACACCCACACAAGGAGGACGGAUCUACCCGGUGUCUGUGCCGUACUCCAACCAUCAGAGCACCAGUAAGACCAGUGUGAUGCUGUCUCUGGUGAUGCCUGCGCAGGGGACGCUGACCAACGGCUCCAACACUGCGUCCACGCUGGAGGGAGACACGCCGACCGCCGGUCAGAGUCCCACAGCGACGCUGCAGUCCAGCACCACACACACGCAGAGCUCCAGCUCCAGCUCUGGAGACGGCAGCUUGUUCCGGCAGAGAGGCAGUCAGGCGGCGCAGCCGGACGAGACGGGACGUGUGCCUCCAUACGUCGACUUCACACAGUUCUACCGGCUCUGGGGCUCCGACCACAGCGAGGGCCAGGGUCUGUCUGGAGAUCUGGGGCCGCAGUGAGGAGCCGCUCCGGCAUCACAUCGGCCCUCUGAUGUCACAGGUGUCUCGCAGGAUAUCAUUCACCUCUGUGAGCCGGCAGCAAUCUGGUUAAACUAGAUUUCUGGACUGUAAUCAUGAAUGGAGCUGGACUGACUGUAUCAAAGGGAAAUCGUCAUCUUAUGAUCACCUGCUGUCCUUGAGUUUUAUAACUCUUCACAUUCAUGUUUCUCUGAGCUUCUUUCUCUGUGCUUCUGUGGAGUUUGACGUCUCUGUAAGAUGAGGUUAAACCUGCUGAGCUGCAUAUAUACGUCUGUCUGUCUCUGUCUCUGUGUGUGUGUGUGUUCUUUGAGUUCUUCCUCUAAUAAACUGCUCUUGUUCCA